AUGGAGCGGGCCGGCCGACGCAGCAAGGCCGGCUCGCUGAGCGGGCUGUCCGGCGGGCUGGCCGGCACGCUGGCCGGCACGCCGGCCGCCGUGCGCCGGCAGCGCUCGCUGGAGUGGGGCGGCGACCGCUACAGCAGCAGCGACGAUGACCGCCCGCCGCAGCCGCCGCCGCUCGCUGACAGGGUCUUCGCUUCGCUGCUCGCUCAGGCCACGCAGCAGUUUGACAAUGAGCAGCGCCGGAUCUACGGGUCAGAAUGCGGAGAAGAACCGCGUUAUGUCAGCAGCCCUCUACGCCAGGCAUCGCCCUUCCCGCACGAGAGUGGCCGGAGGUACCUGCGGAGGAACAGGAACUCUAAAGGCGAAGAGCUGUUCCCUGCGGAAGCCAGCGGGACGCUGUCGAGGCGGGGGCGCCGCGCCGACGACUUUCCUCACGAGAGCCACGCGCGGCACCGAGUCGAUAACGGUGCGGCCAACGCUGGUCAAGCGAGCGAGCGCGAUUGCGACUCUCCGCCCGAGCCGGCGCCUCCCGAGGUGCCUCCGCGAGGGCCCUCGCUGCACGUGACGUUGCGGCACCGGCCUGCGCCGCCCGACCAACCCGUCGAGACCGACCGGCUGUACCUGUCUGAAGAGUUCGUGAUGUCGGAGGGCGGGCACGGAGGCGCGUUUCCAGCGCGUUCUCCGAUGUCGAGCUCCACCACCGGCCACUCCAGCUCCAGCCAUCACAGAUCAGGUGAGAUUGUGGUCAAAUGA